AUGCAACGUGACAUUACAUGGACAGAGAAGUACAGGCCCACAGAAUUGGACAGUAUGGCUCUACCCUCUGAAAUUAGAGACUUUUUUUCUUCUUUGCUUUCAGGAAGCUAUGCGCUUCCUAAUAUUAUACUGCAUGGCCCGCCGGGAAGUGGGAAGACUUCGCUUGCGCUUAUUCUGGCUAGCAAGCUUACCAGAAAAGAGAAUGUUUUGGAGUUAAAUGCAUCAAGCGACAGAGAGAUUUCUGCAAUCAGAGGAAAGAUAAAGACAUUUGCUGCAUCCAAGGCGCAUUCUGGAGAAAUAAAGAUAAUAAUUAUGGAUGAGUGCGAUUAUCUUACUGCUGAUGCCCAGCACUGUCUUAGAAGAAUUAUUGAAGACACCCACAGAAAUACCCGAUUUAUAUUUAUAACUAACUAUAUUAACAGAGUUAUAGACCCAAUUAAAAGCAGACUUGUUCCGCUCUAUAUUCCAUCAACUGGAGAGCGCCAGAGUCUUGAAGUGCUAAAGAGAAUAACAAAAAAAGAAGGAAUAGACAUCACAGAAUGUAGUCUGCUAUACAUUCUAACUCUAGCAGAGGGCGACCUGCGAAAAGCAAUAGUUCUACUGCAAACGGUGGGAUCCUGCACACUUGAAAAAAGCAGUCAACUGGAUACAGAUGCCCAGCACAGAGCAAUUAUAGAUGAAAUAGCAGGAGUCAUCCCAAAAGAGCUGAUUCAACAGAUAUUAACUGCCAGUACAGUUGAGAAUGUGCUUUCAAUCUCUAAAGACAUUGCCUUGAUGGGAUAUUCUGCCAUAAGUGUAGUGCAUGCACUUUCUAGCUAUAUUCUAACUCUGAAUGAAAUUACUCCUCAGCUAAAGGAUUUAUUGAUUACACUUGGCAGCUGUGAAAGUGAUAUGCUGUGUGGUGGAAGCGAUUUUAUCUAUUUAUCCCGUGUGGUAUCAAGUGUAGCAGAGAUUUUAAAUUCUAGCAAGACACAAGCAAAAUAAGUGUCUUACUAGUUUUACUGUUAUAUUACGGAUGCAACUUAUUAAUAAUUGCGAUUGCUCUUUCUUGUCUUUUUAUGGCAUUAGAAACAUAAAAUUGUCUCUGUC